CAUGACGCUGGGCUGUUAUGGGCGACGCUCCUCUUGCAGCUGGCUGAGCGACACGCCUCCCGAAGCCUCAUGCAACAGCGACCCUAAGCAGCGCACCGUUUUUAACGGUUUCUUUCUUUCAUGCGACCGAAGAAGGCCCGUUUAACGGGAGAUUUCGACGAUGAGUAGCUUCAUGAAUAUGGCGUGUAUUGGAGACUUUGACCCGUUCACCGCUGCCAUUCCCGCCACCAGAGUUGAGCUCACGGUGUCAUGUAGAAAUCUCCUGGACAGAGACACAUUCUCCAAAUCAGACCCAAUUUGUGUGCUGUAUACACAAGGAAUCGCCAACAGGGAAUGGAGAGAGUUUAGUCGGACAGAGAUGAUAAACAACACCCUGAAUCCAGACUUUGUCCGGAAAUUCACCCUGGACUAUUUCUUUGAAGAGAGACAGAAUCUACGAUUUGACCUGUACGACCUCGACUCGAAGAGCGACAACCUGUCUAAACAUGACUUCCUGGGCCAGGCAUUUUGUACCCUGGGGGAGGUGGUGGGCUCCAUGGGAAGCUGCGUGGAAAAACCUCUCAUUGGGAUUCCAGGGAAGAAGUGUGGUACCAUCAAAGUGAGAGCAGAGGAGCUGAGCAAUUGCAGGGAAUCAGUGAUGCUGCAAUUCUGUGGGAACAAGUUGGACAAGAAAGACUUCUUUGGGAAAUCGGAUCCUUUUCUGGUCUUCUACCGCAGUAACGAAGACGGAUCAUUCACUAUUUGCCAUAAGACAGAGGUGGUGAAGAACACUCUGGACCCAGUGUGGCAGGCCUUCAAGAUCCCUGUCAAGGCCCUGUGCAACGGAGACUAUGACAGGAGUAUAAAAGUGGAGGUGUAUGAUUGGGACCGAGAUGGAGGCCAUGACUUCAUUGGGGAAUUCAAUACCAGCUACAGAGAGAUGUCAAGAGGCCAGUCACAGUUUCACAGCUACGAGGUGGUCAAUCCAAAGAAGAAAGGCAAGAAGAAGAAGAAAUACCUCAACUCGGGAACAGUAACCCUUCUGUCCUGCCUGGUGGACAUGGAACUCACCUUCCUGGAUUACAUUAAAGGAGGGACUCAGAUUAGUUUCACAGUGGCAAUUGAUUUCACAGCAUCAAAUGGCAACCCCUCCCAGCCCACCUCUCUACACUACAUGAGUCCGUACCAGCUGAAUGCCUACGCCAUGGCUCUGAGAGCUGUAGGGGAGAUUAUCCAGGACUACGACAGUGACAAGAUGUUCCCUGCACUGGGCUUCGGAGCUAAACUACCCCCGGACGGACGGGUCUCGCACGAGUUCGCUCUGAAUGGGAACCCCCAGAAUCCGUACUGCAGUGGGAUAGAGGGGGUGAUGGAGGCUUACUACCAAAGCCUCAAGUCUGUUCGACUCUAUGGACCCACACAUUUCUCCCCUGUCAUUAACCACGUGGCCAGGUAUGCACAAUCAGUCAAAGAUGGCUCCCAAUACUUCAUCCUCCUUAUCAUCUCGGACGGCGUCAUCACCGACAUGGCCCAGACCAAGGAGUCCAUCGUAAACGCAGCUACUUUGCCCAUGUCAAUUAUAAUUGUCGGAGUUGGACCAGCAGAAUUUAAUGAAAUGAUUGAGCUUGAUGGAGAUGAAGAGAGGAUCUCAUCCCAAGGGAGGUUCGCCGAGAGAGACAUUGUUCAGUUUGUUCCGUUCCGUGACUACAUCGACCGCAGGGGGAACCACAUUCUGAGUAUGGCCCGUCUGGCCAAGGAGGUCCUGGCUGAGAUCCCUGACCAGUUCCUCUCCUACAUGAGAACCAGGUGCAUCAAACCAGGCCUCUGCCCCCCUGCCGACAACCCCGUCCCCGCCGUGCACCCCCUCCUCACCCGACGGGUCAGCCGAAUCUGAAGGCUAAGCCUCCUCCGGGGCCUCUUCCUUUCUUGCUUCUUCUUCCUCACUGGAGUUUGACGAUGGCGGUCCGAAGAAGCCAACAGCCAUUUCCACUCUCUUGUUGCACUUUUGUGAAUUCUGACUUCCUCUCUGCAGAAAGGACAGCAAGGCAUUUUGCUUCUAUUUAAAGUGUCCCUCAGGAAGGACUUCCCAUGAGAUGUCAGAGGCCACAGUUUACUGGUCUGACCCAGGAAGUGGGUGAGUGCCUAGAACUGACCAACCAGGAGCAGCAUCCAAUCUGUGAAGAACCGUUCAGAAAUACAUUUCUAUCUCUUAUUUCUAUGCCCUACUCUUCCUCUCAACCCCACUUUUGUCUCACCAACGGUCUCUUUCUAAAUGUUUACAAAUUUAAGGAUGAAGAGGAGGAUUUGUACUUGUGGAUAUACAGUGUAAGUCGGAAGUUUACAUACACUUAGGUUGGAGUCAUUAAAACUCGUUUUUGAACCACUUGACAAAUUUCUUGUCAACAAACUAUAGUUUUGGCAAGUCGGUUAGGACAUCUACUUUGUGUAUGACACAAGUAGUUUUUCUAACAAUUGUUUACAGACAGAUUAUUUCACUUAAAAUUCACUGUAUCACAAUUCCAUUGGGUCAAAAGUUUACAUACACUAAGUUGACUGUGCCUUUAAACUGCUUGGAAAAUUCCAGAUAAUUAUGUCAUGGCUUUAGAAGCUUCUGACAGGCUAAUUGACGUCAUUUGAGUCAAUUGGAGGUGUACCUGUGGAUGUAUUUCAAGUCCUACCUUCAAACUCAGUGCCUCUUUGCUUGACAUCAUGGGAAAAUCAAAAGAAUCAGCCAAGACCUCAGAAAAAAAAAUGUAGACCUCCACAAGUCUGGUUCAUCCUUGGGAGCAAUUUCCUAACGCCUGAAGGUACCACGUUCAUCUGUACAAACAAUAGUAUGCAAGUAUAAACACCAUGGGACCAGGCAGCCGUCAUACCUCAACUUUGGUGGAAAAGUACAAUCCCAGAACGACAGCAAAGGACCUUGUGAAGAUGCUGUAGGAAACCGGUACGAAAAUAUCUAUACCCACAGUAAAACGAGUCCUAUAUUGACAUAACCUGAAAGGCCUCUCAGCAAGCAAGAAGCCACUGCCCCAAAACCGCCAUAAAAAAGCCAGAUUUCGGGUUUGCAACUACACAUGGGGACAAAGAUUGUACUUUUUGGAGAAAUGACCUCUGUUUGGCCAUAAUGACCAUCAUUAUGUUUGGAGGAAAAAGGGGGAUGCUUGCUAGCCGAAGAACACCAUCCCAACCGUGAAGCACGGGGGUGGCAGCAUCAUGUUGUUUGGGUGCUUUACUGCAGGAGGGUCUGGUGCACUUCACAAAAUAGAUGGCAUCAUGAGGCUUGAAUAUUUUGUGGAUAUAUUGAGGCAACAUCUCAAGACAUCCGUCAGGAAGUUAAAGCUUGGUCGCAAAUGGGUCUUCAAAAUGGACAAUGACCCCAAGCCUACUUCCAAAGUUGUGGCAAAAUGGCUUAAGGACAACAAAGUCAAGGUAUUGGAGUGGCCAUCACAAAGCCCUGACCUCAAUCCCAUAGACAAUUUGUGGGCAGAACUGAAAAAGCGUGCGCGAGCAAGGAGGCCUACAAACCCGACUCAGUUACACCAUCUCUGUCAGGAGGAAUGGGCCAAAAUUCACCCAACUUAUUGUAGGAAGCUUGUGGAAGGCUAUCCGAAACGUUUGACCCAAGUUAAACAAUUUAAAGGCAAUGCUACCAAAUACUAAUAUAGCGUAUGUAAACUUCUGACCCCCUGGGAAUGUGAUGAAAGAAAUAAAAGCUGAAAUUAUUCACUCUCUACUAUUAUUCUGACAUUUCACAUUCGUAAAAUAAGUGGUGAUCCUAACUGACUUAAGACAGGGAAUUGUUACUAGGAUUAAAUGUCAGGAAUUGUGAAAACUGAGUUUAAAAUGUAUUUUGCUAAGGUGUAUGUAAACCUCCGACUUCAACUGUAUAUGUAUUUUUCUUUGUUUGUACUCCAGAUGCACUCUGUCUCUGGUUGUAGCGAAGACAAUGAUUAUGAUGAUGCUGACGACAAUUGUACAAAGAGACCCAGGAGCCACAUCCCAUGUGUGGUGGGGUUUUUUUUAAACGGAGCAUGUUCUAUAUCUAGUAGAGGGGUAUGCAUGCCGAGUGAAUCCUGCACUCAGGGCCUCCUACCCCCUUUCAGACAGGACCUUCACCAUCUAUAAUCUUCCCACUCGCUACCUUACUUGUCUGCCUGCCUUGACUCACAAGGGGACUCCCUUCCCUUCAGAGUCUGGUCCUGUCAUAUACAGCAGGGACUCAACCAGCCUUACUCUCUCUCUCUCUGCAUAACAAAUGGGUACUCUUUUCCCUACAUAGUGCACAACUUUUAGUGCACCCUAUGGGCCCUGGUCAAAAGUAAUGCAGUGUAUAGAGAGUAGAGCGUAAUUUGGGACACAGCGUCUCUCUGUCGGUUACAUUCACAUUUGCCAUUCUCAUAAGGAUUUUGGAAUAAUGGAAUCUUCAUCCGUGCCCAGGAGUCAAAAACACACAUACCAGUUAGUUACACCACUUCCACGUGUGUCCUCUGACUCGUCUUACUUUUUUCAAGUUUGAAGCCCGUGAGAUUAUGUUGUUUGUAUUUUCAGAAGGGUUCUCUCUUUUGUUUCUACCUCUCACUUUGCGUCAUGCCGCUAAACCCCGUGUAUGUAUGUUUUGGAGGCAGGAUAUUCAGUAAAAUUAUCAAGAAAUAUUUCAGUUAACCUUUUGGUUUACGACAUUGCCUUUGUCCGUCACAAAGUGAAAUUAUGUUUUACAUUUACUUUCAACAUUUUACUCGUCUAUAUUCAGAACAUAGAGUACCAGUCCCAAAUUUGGACACAGCUACUCAUUUAAGGGUUUUUCUUUAUUUUGACUAUUUCCUACAUUGUAGAAGAAUAGUGAAGACAUCAAAACUAUGAAAUAACACACAUGUAGUGUGUGUUUUUUGUAGUAACCAAAAAAGUGUUUAAAAAAUCUAGAUAUAUUUUGUAUUUGAGAUUCCUCAAAGUAUCCACCCUUUUCCUUGAUGACAGCUUUGCACACUUUUGGCAUUCUCUCAACCAGCUUCACGAGGAAUGCUUUUCAAAUAGUCUUGAAGGAGUUCCCACAUAUGCUGAGCACUUGUUGCCUGCUUUUCCUUCACUCUGCGAUCUAACUCAACCCAAACCAUCUCAAUUGGGAUGAGGUCGGGUGAAUUGUAGAGGCCAGGUCAUCUGAUGCAUUACUCCAUCACUCUUUUUCUUGGUCAAAUAGCCAUUACACAGCCUGGAGUUGUGUUGGGUCAUUGUCCUGCUGAAAACAAAUCAUAGUCCCACUAAGCACAAACCAGAUGGUAUGGCAUAUUACUGCAGAAUCCUGUGGUAGCCAUGCUGGUUAAGUGUAUUUUGAUUUGUUUAACACUUUUUGGGGUACCACAUGAUUCCAUAUGUGUUAUUUCAUUGUUUGCAUGAUUUGUUUAACACGUUUUUGAGUACCACAUGAUUCCAUAUGUGUUAUUUCAUCAUGUUUUCACUAUUAUUCUACAAUGUAGAAAAUAGUACGAAUAAAGAAAAACCCUUGAAUGAGUAGGUGUGUCCAAACUUUUGACUGGUACUGUAUUUAUUAAUGCAUUCAAAGGAGGGGCAGAGGGUAUAGGAAGGGAACAUACGAUAAAAAUGUCUUACAUUCUCCCGCUAUUGAACACGCUAUGGAAUAGUCUAGAGAUAAACAACUAUAACAGCCAGUCUUCAGCUUUAUAUCGAAAUAUCACUGCACUCCCACUUGGAUUACCAUCCAUUUCAGUCAACUUUAGAUCUAUAUUCAAGAUGUAUGAAAUUGGGGAAAUAAAGACAUUUCAGGCUAAUUUUCAUGAGUUUGCCCUCAGGAAAGGGAAAUAGAAGCUAAUCUCAGAGUAUAUCCGGCCGACGAGUGGGGAAUCCCAUUUAACACACAGUGAACAAUGGCAGGAUUUCAAAGUGGGCUUUGUGAGGGUGGGUUUGUCACUUGCGCUCGCACACUGCUGUAUGUGUGAAACCAAAUAGACUGUCUCAUCAAGUCUAUGAAAAUGUGAGUAUAAAAAACAAUAUAGAGCAUUUAUUGGAACAGAACACUAAAAGUGUUCGCAUGGCGAACCAACAAACCACACACUUCCUGUGGAUAAAAAACGGCUUAAAUGAAGAAUACACGGCCUCCUCCCGCAGACAAUGAUGUGAUGUGCGUCCGUUUCACUUUGCCAAGUGACUGCCCAGCUAAAACAGAACGCUCCCAUGACGUUCCCCUCUUCCUUUUUACAUAACGUUCUGGGAACCAAAAUGUGUCAGCUGACUGACUGUAACAGAACGCCUCAGAAAGCCCAUGUAUUCUUAUACACAUGACCUUUGUUUACUUAUGAUACUCCAGUGAUGUAUAAUUGAAUGCUUGUGAUAAUACUACUAUCCUACUGUUUUUACAGUAGACCAUAGCAUGCAUCAUGUUUAACAGUAGAUAAUAGCAUGCAUCAUGUUUUGCAUGGAUCAUUUUCUAUAAAGGAGAUGCACCGGUAUAUUGUAUAUUAUGACAUGAUUAUGUGUAUUCAGAAAUACUAUUCAAACAUUGCCUUAAAAUCUCACUGAACUCUUGGAAUUGUCCAAUGCCUUCAGAUAAAGUGUAUAAUGACUGAUUA